UGUCGAACUUAGCGCAAUUGCUUCUUUUUCUCGUCUCAACUCUUACUUUAGUUUGUUUUGUUUGUUAAUAUAGAGGAUUGUGUGAUUUACAGAUUAUAUUAGUUUUUGCUUACAGAUCUAAGCUCUGAAAUAUCUAUACAGAUAGCAAAAGCACAACAAAAAAAUGUCUACCAAAGGAAAUUGCGAGGUUUUCGUCGGCGAUAAUAAAGACAAAAGUAAAAUUGUGAAAAACAUUACGAAAGUAUUGGACUUUUCUGAAGACAUAAACAGUUUGCAACGUUUGCAAGCAUCGCAUUCUCCCACUAUGUCUAACGAAAGUGAUCUAUCAUUCUCUUGGUCGAUGGAUCAUGAAGUCGAAACAUACACGAACGCUAUUGAUGCUGAUGAAUUGCCAGCUUUCGAAAUUCGACUAAUAUCGCCGUUGGGACGUACACCGUCUCCCAUACGAAGUGAAAACAUGUCACCGUCAUUGAGAACACCAAAUUUUGAACAUCUAAUAUCCAAUAACUGCCAAAACGAUCCCGAGUUCGUUGCUCUUCAGGACAUAAAUGCUCAAAUUAGCCCGCCUAGUGAACAUAGCGAUGCUGACACCUCACUUCAACGUACUGGUAGCUUAGAAACUAUUUUCGAAGGAGUAUUUUUAAAUACACCUCCUCGUCAACGACUCAGCAUGCAAUCCCGUUCAGGCAGUCGAAAUCGCAAUAACCUCUUAGAGAAAGUGACCUUUAAUCGUUUGUUUUGUUGCACAGAGAACAAAUCGCCACAGUCAAUGGAACGUCAGCUAUUAUCAUCGUGUCCUUUAGAUUUUAAAUCCUUAUCUCUCACCGAAGAAACCUUAUGAUAAAUUUAUAUUAUACUACUCUACUUACUUGUAAUUAAAAUAAGCACCGCAUAGCACAGCAUCAUGCAAAUUAAUUUCAUUUAAUAUCGAAUCGAAUCGAAUUUAAUAUUCAGAGUAAUAAUAUUUGUUAGGUACAUUGAUCGGUGUAUCGAAGAGAAAAAGAAAACUAUUUUAAUUUAAUUACUUUGAUUUACUCCGGUUAAACGUUUUUCUCAAUAUUAGUGUUGUUUCUAUUCAAAAUUCUAAAGUGCUUAGUGUAAUUUUAGAUGGUUCAAUCAAUUUUAUACUAUCGUGUCCAAUUUCUCAGUAAACUAAUAACACAACUUUAUUUUGCAUUGU